CGCGCGGGCGCUCGAGGUCGUCUUGGGGCACUGCGCGUUUGCCGCCCUGUGCUGCCGAGGCCUGCUCAGUGUCUUCCAUUCGGUGUAUGCCUUCGUGGAGCGGGGCCGCGCCUCAGGACGGGCGGAGCCGCUGUGGGACGAGUGCCGCUCCGAAUUACAGGCCUUCAGGUCGCUAGUGAUCUUCAUGUUCAGUGACUGGCUCCGAAGCUGGAACCACCUGGUGGUCCAGACCGACAGCAGCCUUGAGGGGUACGCGGUGGCGCAGGCGCUCUGGCCUUUGCAGGCCGUACGCGAGGUGGGUCGCACCUCUGAGCGCCAACGCUUCCGUCGAGUGGGCUCCCAUCGGGCUCGAGAGAGCGCCCUCGAGACGGCAGGCUUCUGUCGGCAGGCGGACGGAAGCUGGGCAAUCGCAGCCGCCGAAGGGUUUGAUGAAGAGAGUGGUGCUUCCGAGGAGGCGUCAGACUGGGAAGUGGAUCAGUCUUUUCCCGAGGUGCCCGCUAAUCUUCUGAAGCCAGCUCGGCCGAGCGGGGGCCAGCGGGGGCUCGAGACGCCGGCCAGCCAGAGGAAGGCCACCUUGCGGCCGCCAGGCGCCCAGCCGGCGCAGCGCGGCAGGCUGAGUGGCAGGCGCCGCGGAAGGGCUCCCUCCGACAACGAGGAUCGCCUGAAGCCCGCGCCCAGGCUGGCAGACGUCGGCGAGAGCAGCAGCACCAGCGGCGAGGGGAGGCCAGGGCCUGGCGCCGCGCUGGGAGCAACGCGGAAGCGUACGGGCCGCCAGAGAGGACGAGAGCAGCUGAUCACCGCCCUGACGGCCGCGGCCAGGGGCGCCCACCGCUCCCCCGGCGAGAGCUCGGUAGCGCUGGAGGUGCUGGGGCGGUACCGGAGCCGGUCGGCGGGCUUCGACUCUUCGGAGGGGGAGCGCCCGCGAGUGCACGGCGAGCUGGUCGACGGCACGCGAAUGGGGCACCUCAGUUUCUUCCUCUUCAUGAGCCCGGGCGCCAGCGAGGGCAUUCAGAUCCUUGCAGGCCUGAUGUUUUCGACGGCGGAGCUCUCGAGCUGGCGCAGCUGGUCUCUGACGUUGUGGGCUGGAGUGGCCAGGAUGUUGGCUGGUCUUUUCCCUCUGCAGGCCUCGGUCCUGCGGUCGGUCUCGCUGGGCAGCCGCUGGAGGCCGAGCAAGCUGAUGAGUCUCAAGGCGCGUGGUACGAUUGCGCCUGCAGGUGGCAUCUCUCUUUCCUGGAGCCUGCUGUUCUCCCUCUCACAGCGGAUCGAGCGGAGCAGCACCACCCUCAGCGACGCCAGCAUCGAGAGGGACCCGCCGCUCUUGCGGUUCAUAAGGCCCGUCCAGAGAGUGAUGGCCGAUGGGCCGAAGGACGAGGUGGUUCGGACGUUCACGUAUCUCCAGAGUCCCCGGAAGCCGAACUUUCCGCGGGGCGAGCCGAGCAUCGCAGAGACGAUAGUGCAACACCCGAGGCGGCACGUGGGACCGUCGAUCGACAUCUCCGGGCUGCGCCGGACGGUGCCGGAGGCUCAGCGUCGCAGACAGGGCGGAGGCAUCAUGAGUGUCCAGCGGUACGACGAGGACGUCAGGUUGGCGAGGAGUUGGGAGCUGCUCACAGACAGGAGAUCCCAGCUGCUGGAAGCAUGCGGAGCAGCGCUCGAGGACAUACCCCCCGGCAGACUGCACGGCAGUCGCUACAUCCUCGACCUCUAUGCGGGGACUGGUGGCGUCGCGCGGGCCGCUGUCCAGCAAGGUUGCAACGCUCGUGCGUAUGAUCGGGCCCAUGGGCCCAGCGAGGACUUGACGGUGCCCAGAGUGAUCAAAUGUGUGACUGCUGCAGUCAAAGGGAAGGAAGUGAUAGGUGCGGCGCGGCGGUGGCAGCAGGCCAGCGGCCUUUGA